UGCAAGAACGCGCAGACUCAAUCUCAGCUUGGAGCGCGACACUUAUAGUGAGGGUGGCUAUAUAAGUCCAUUCAGCAUCUCUCCUUUAAAUAACUAUAUACUUGAUUCCUCAAAGUGAAGUGAAGGAGGGCGGCAUCUCGCCAACUACCUGGCAACGUACACGGCAGUACCGGACCACCUCUAAAGCCUGAAGAUUCCUGUUGAAAUCCUGACAUGAAGCUCAAUUUAUUCGGUACCACCGUGAUUCUGCUAGUUGCCUUCUUACCGCGCUUCGAAUGUCGGGCUAUUGAGAGCCCUGGCAGUACCCUGCGCGUCCCAGCUCUACAAACCCAAAUCUCCCAGCAGCAGCAGCAGCAGCAGACCGGCCCCAUUCUGGAGCGUCUUGGGGAGGAGUAUUUCAUCCGACUGGGCAACGGAGACUCGAACUCUUUCCCAUCAACGUCCAUGUAUCCCGGCGGAUCACCUGCCAUCUUCAACAGAGCUUUGCAACUCCAACUGACGCGGCGUCUUUUACAGGGGAAAGUUGGGAACAUCAGGGCGCUCAUAAGUGGCUUCGGAGACCGCGGGGAUGACUCAAUGGAGAGGGGAAGAAGGUCCGAGGACCCGCCGAUAUCCCUGGAUCUGACCUUCCACCUGCUCCGGGAGAUGAUGGAGAUGUCCAGGGCGGAACAGCUGGCUCAGCAAGCGCAGAAUAACAGAAGAAUGAUGGAGCUCUUCGGGAAAUAAUUUCCCAGCCCGCCAAAGAUCUCCCUUCCCUUUCUUUUUUUGUUUACUCCUUCUGUUGUGCAUUUUUACCAUCAGCACAAAACAUGCUCUGUACAAUAUAGUGCUGCUUUAUCACUUUAUUGUUUAUAGCUUUAACCUCAAACUAUGGAGCAUAAACGGGCUUCACUUAAAAUGAGCCGAUUGUACCUUGCCAUUGUUGGUGUCAGAUCUGUAGAGGUAUGCCGUUCUUCAUAUUUGAGAUGAAAUACUUUUGUCUAAGACAUGAAUUGCAUUUUGUUUUAGAUUAUGAAUCACUGUAUUUAUGAUAUUUAUGUUUGUUAAUAAACUUAUGUGCAACCAGU